AUGGACCAAAUCAAGCCCCCAAAGAACUUAGUUCUGUCUCGGGAUAGCAUGAAUGCCGCCUUAGAUGCCCUUCGGGCUGGGCGCCGCGUGUCUGAGGUCGUUGAUGAGGUGGCUCAGAUUGUGUCUUCUAAGAAGGUAAGCCGACCUCGUGCCAAAGCUUCCUCUAGAGCUCCUAAGCCGAGCUCCCACGGUGCCAAGUCCUCUCGGCCGUCUGGCCGUGGCAGGUCGGCCCCUGCCCUGAAACCAGUUCAGGAGUCUAAGUCUGGUCAGGGUUCUACGGAGGAUGCAGAGGGAGCUCCCCUAGUUGUUGUGAAGCAGACAGGGGACAUUGAACAGACGAGGUCGGACCUUGCUCUUCCUUUUGAGGAGGCACCAAGGGGAAGAUUUAAAUCCCCCAUUAUUGAAGAGGAGGCUCCUGGGACGGGACUAGAGGUCGUUCUUAUUGAGGACAGUGUCCCGGAGGCUCCUACCAGAGAUGCCCCUGAAGAGGUGGGGUCUGACCUUGCCAAGGAUGAGGAUGUCGUAGAGAAGGUAGGGGACAAACGUCCUACCUCCCUCGAAAUGCCAGCCCCAGCUCCAGCUCGGAAGGAGUCCAAAGCUUCCAAGGGAUCAGCCCCACCUCUCCCUCCUAUUGGAAAGGAGAAAGAAGUCCCUGUGAUACCACUACUGUCCGCUCCUGACAACGACAUUCUUAACGCAGAGGAUAUCACUCAUCAGUCCCCAGCGAGCGUGGUUGCUGAGAUUGUCAAGGAACGGAUGUUCGGUGGCGCCUUGGAGGCUUCAGAUCCACACUUGCUUGCUCUCAUUGGUCUCUUAGCCAGCUCUACUAGGGAGCAAGCAGCGUUCCGUUCCCGACCUCGUGGGGAGCUUGGAGACAUAAUCAGGGAGAUGCUUCUGAUGGUGAUGGGCCUCUUUAUGGAGGUGGAUGCCCGUGACCACUCUCUCCGGGAAUCUGUGGACCGCUGGAUUGAGGAGGCGCGUCUGGAGGAGAAUUUAUCCGCAACUAGUGAUGCUAAGGGCAACCUCACAGCAGCUCGAGCUCAUACCCAGUCCCUCCAGGCGGAGCUGCAUUCUGCAUUGGAGGCCUUCAAAAGAGCUGACGAGAGGACGGCUAAGGCACAAGAGCACACCAAGUCUUUGGAAGCAGAGUUGUCUCAUACUCGCAGGGUUCUCAAGGAGUCUGAUGAGAGGGCGGCUGCAGCAGAGGUUCGAAGUGAAGAAGUUUUAAAGCAGCUGUCCUCCAUGGUGGAGACCCUUCGUGAAAGGGAUGAGGCUAUAAGCCAGAGGAAAGAGGUCCAGUGCCAGUAUGAGGCCCUGAAGGUUGAGUUAGGAAGACUUCAAGUUCACCUAGAUGAGGUGAAUAUUCAAAAAGAGAUGGCUUUAGCUCGGGUGGGGGUCCUUGAGCAGGAGCUGAGCACAAGUUCUGAACGUAUCAGAGAUCUGGCUUCAUCGGCGGAGGAGUCCGAACUUCGUCAUCAGCAGCUUAGCCAUGAAGUCAGGACUCUAGAACAUAAAUGUUCGGCCCUGCUCGAGGUAGCUAGACAUGCUGAGGGCAAGAUCCAGCUGAAGUGUGAGAAGCGUUUGGAGGAGUAUCAGAAGUCGGAUGAGCUAGAAAGAAAGAUUGAGCAGGCCUGUGAAGCUCACCUCCAGGACUACAAGGAUUCCCCUGAGCUGAAGGCAGUUAUUGUAACAACCCGGACGUGA